AGUACAAAAAUAGGAAAACAGUUGAUAUUCGUUGUCCGUUCGCCGAGGUCUUUGGAUGAUUUUCUUUGACUAAAACUGGAGGCGUGGCGGUAAAGUACAUUUACGUUGUUUUUCAAUAUCUGGAUGGAUUUAGCCGUUUUAAUGCGAGACGGACACUUUAAUGAUUCCGGACAUUGGACGUGAAGAUUAGUUAAAGAAAAUAGUUUAAAUGUGCAUCAAACAAUAACCCAGAAAACCUGGGAUGAGCUAGACGUUCCUCUCCUUAAACAAUCUCAAUGGAUCCAUGUAGUCUUUCCUGUACGCACCUGUCGUUAUUCCUAUUAAAGCUAUACUGUUUGGUAUUCCUUCUUCAAAGCGCCAGUGCUGACUGGCUGAUGGAUUGUGGAGACUGUCACUGCAAAUGGAACUCUGGAAAAAAGACAGCCGAUUGUCGCAAUUUGAGUCUGAGUGGAAUACCAGAGUACCUCAGUCCGGAGGUUCAAGUCCUGGACUUGUCACACAACCACAUUUUUUACCUGGAGGAGAAUGCAUUUUCGACCACCCACUUGCAAAAUCUACAGAAGCUUCUGAUACGCAAUGGCACUCUAAAACGCAUCAACCACAAAAGUUUUACCCAACUGCAGAUCUUAAUUGAACUGGACUUGUCCAAUAAUCUGCUGCAGGAUCUGAUACCCAGUGUUUUUGACUGCCUGUCGAAAGUGCGGGCAAUAUUACUGAAUGGCAACCUGAUACAAACACUACGCCAAGGGGUCUUUCGAAAUCUCAAGUAUCUGCACAAGAUCGAGAUGAAGCGCAACCGCCUGGUUAGUAUCGAUACCCAGGCAUUUGUGGGUGUACCCCUUCUAUCACAGAUCUAUCUGGACAAUAAUGAGCUAACUAAACUGAGGGUGGACAGCUUUCAAGGCUUAAGUAAACUUACAGCACUAUCGCUGGCCGAGAAUCCGUGGAAUUGCACUUGCGAUCUUCAGAUGUUCCGUGACUUCGUAAUAGGUAUGAACCUGUAUACCCCGCCCACAGCGUGCCAUUAUCCUUUGCAGUUGCGAGGUCGUCUGUGGAUCGAGGAUCAACCAGAGGCCUUCGCCUGCAAGCCGAAGAUAGUAUAUCCUGCCCUGGGGACUUCCAUUAACACAUCCAAAGAGAAUGUAACGCUUAUAUGCCGGGUGCAAGGAUCUCCAAAUACUGUCAUUGCCUGGGACUACAAUAAUCAAGUAUACGAAUCUCGUUCCAAGGUGGUGAAAGGUCUUCAAAAGCAAAGAGUUUAUAUCGAAAUGUUGAGGGAAAAUGAACCAAAGGUUCAAAAUUUCGGACACGAUGUUUUCGUCUCACGUCUUACCAUUGUAAAUGCCAGGAAGAGCGAUGAGGGCGUCUAUACAUGUCUAGCUGAGAAUCCUGGAGGCAAAGAUUCUGUUCACAUCAGUGUGGUGGUACAAAAGGACUUACAACGCAUUCCGCUCAUCGACACCAACUUCUUUGCCAUAGUCUGCCUUAUAGCUAUGGGUUUUCUCAGUAUGUCGAUCCUAUUGUCUUUGGUGACAUGCCUGAUUUUCAAGCGCUUCAAACAGUUUCAUCCUAGUCAGCAUACUUAUUUGCAACCUACCAAUUUUUCCGCUCAGCAACUUGAAAGGGAAGAAGGGAUCAGCGCCUUAAGCUCAGGAGUUGUUCAAGGAGGAAAGAUUGUAUUGGAUCCAUUAAGUGCGGCUAAUGGAACAUCAUGUUCAAAUUAUAUGUUAUUCAAUGGCAACGAAUCGAACCCAGAGAAUUCCCUAUCAAAGAGAAAACCUGAUGACGUGAGAUUAAAUACAAAUAGUUAUUUUGGAUAUAUUGACAAUCAGACAGGCCCUACAUCAUCGCGGAAUCAAGGUUUUUUUUCAGAAAAUUCUGGUGUACAAAACAAUGAAGAGAUCAAACAGAAAGAUAAGCUCGACGAAAUUCCCCAACGUUUUGAUCUUAAGAGAUCGUCGCAUUCCAAUGGCGGCUUAAAGAAAAACGGACAAUACGAAGAACAUCAACCGGACCUAUUGCCUUCCAAUGAAUCCACUGCCUUUAAGAACCAAGAAGAACCCAUGGUUCGACCUUCAAAAAAAGAAGUAAUUAACCCCCGCAGCAGGUAUAAUACCAACGUGCAAAAGUACCUUAAGGAGAAGUACGGCAGCGUUCGAACAAAUAAUAAAAACACGAAUAAGGACAUUAGUGCUGAUAUGGUCAAACCACCAAUAACUGCCAGACCGCCGUAACCUCCGAUGCCAUUCAAGAGUGGUCUGUCCCCCAGGAUUUCAAAUCUUUAUCACCAUCGUCAACCCUACCUCUCUAAAUCCUCCAAAAGAAAAGAGGACGCAGAAGAAAUACAUCCUUGAAAUGAAAUCAAGAUGAAAUGUACCUCGCCUUAUUUCUAGUAGUAAAUUAUGUACUUUUAACCUUUUAAUAUAAGACUAUUUAUUUACACA